AUGCUAGUUAUUGAUGCUUUCAUGCUGAUUCCUCAAUAUAGCAAGUUCCUGAAAGAGGCUGUAGCUGCAAAGAAGAAAGAGAUGGAGGGCAUGACGAUUCUCACUCAUGAGUGCAGUGCCAUCAUCCAGAGGCUUUUUGUUCCAAAGAAGCUUAAAGAUCCAGGAUGCUUCACAUUACCCUAUGCUCUUGGACCUAUGCUUGGUUUCACUCAAUACAAGAAGUGUAGAAUUUCUCUGGUAUUGGUUGAUUGUUCAGUGAAGUACCCUAUGGGUAUCUUGGAGGACCUCCCCGUGAUGGUUGGAAACUAUGAGAUCGCUAUAGACUUUGUGGUGCUUGAGAUGGAUGAGGAAGCUCAGGAUCCCUUAAUCCUUGGAAGGCCUUUCUUAGCUACAUCGGGAGCUAUUGUUAAUGUGAAAGAGGACAAGAUUGAUCUCAACCUGGAUAAAGGGCACAUUCUCCACUUUGACAUCAAGGAGGUAAUGAAGAAACCAACAAUUCAAGGGUAG